AUGGACGACUUUUCGGAAGUUGAGGAUGGCUUUGCGGACGACGAUCUUCUUUCGCCAACUGAAGUGGCUGGUAUGUUGCUUUAGUUUAUAUUGUGCUUUUAGAGAUAAUAAUUGGGUGCCGUAAGAUAAUAAUAAUUUAACAUGUAGUACUCAUACUAUAUGAGCAUUUUCCAAAGGUGAAGCUAAAGUUUGUAAAAUCUUAUGUUAAGCGUUGAAAAUAAGCGAUGGUCGAGGUGACAAUUCGAUGCAAAGGUCGUUCUUGGAAAGAGACAACUUUGAGAACGAACUUGGUAUUCAAGCUGAUGAUCCGUUUGGAGAAGAUUUCAGUGACAUUCAUCAACUUGAAGUGGUUUCUGUGAUUGCAGAAGGUGAUUUUGUGAGCCGACCGGUCAUUAUGAUAUACGCAUAUCGACUGCCUUCGAAUAAAACUUUUAAUCACGACAAAUUCUUAAGGUGAGUUAAAAAUAUACCUAAAAUCUAUAAAGUUAUAUAUAAUGUGAAUAUUGUUUAUCUAAAUUAUUAACGGUUUUAUUUUAGGUAUUUAAUGAAGACGUUAGACCGUGUAGUAGACCUUGACUAUACGAUAGUCUACUUUCACUACGGUCUUAGAAGUCAUAACAAGCCGCCUCUCAAAUGGUUGAUUCAAACGUAUCAGAUGUUGGAUCGACGGUAUAAGAAGAAUCUGAAAGCCUUGUAUCUUGUACACCCGACUAGAUUUAUAAGAAUAGCAUGGAAGAUAUUCCAACCUUUCAUAUCCUUUAAGUUCGAACGUAAAGUACACUAUGUAAACUACGUCUACGAGCUGAAAACUGAUCUACGGUUGUCGAAUCUGAACAUACCACAGCCUAUUUUGGAGUAAGUUUUUUUACUUUGAAGGUAUUAAUUUUUGAAAAUGGUUUAUCAUUUCUAAACUUUAGGUAUAAGGUUGUUGUUGGAUAAAUUUCUUUACCGGUAACUUUGUUUUAGUCACGACGACAAUCUGCGGUCCACACAGAAACAAACAGCCUCUGUAUCGUCAUCUCCUGUUCAGCCACCAAGGCCUACUCAACAGUUUGAUGUUUCUUUGGAAUUGUAAGCGAUUUAAAUAUUUUUUUUAACUUUUUUAAUGUCUAAUAAAUAUUACCUAAAUUUUAAUUUUAGUAUACUAAACCACAAUCGUGACUGUGAUAUACCUCCGAUAGUGUCCGAACUUCUCGAAUUUCUGAAUGAAAACGGCCUAGAAGUGGAAGGAAUAUUCAGAAGAUCGGCAGAGAUCACGACGAUCAGAAACCUUCAGGAUCGCAUCAACAAAGGAGAGAAGAUAGACUUCGUGAAUGAUCCAGAAUACAAGGGGAAGAUGCAGAAGGCUGUGAUUGAUGCUUCUGUAUUAUUGAAGACAUUCUUCAGAUCUAUGGGCGAGCCUGUCAUUACGAAUGGUCUUUAUGGAGAGUUAGUCAAGAUAAGCAGUAAGUUUUGGAGUUUAUAAUGGGGAUUUUCUGGAAGGAAAGUUAUGGUAAACAAAAGUAUAAAAAUAAUGUUUUGAAUACAUUAAAACGACAUCUAUAUUUUUUUGUGUUUUUUGGCUGCAAAGUUAAAUAUUUUUGAGAAUCCCCGGCUCUAAAUGCAGACAGAUGGCGUCAUGUGAGCAAAAAGUGAAGCAUUCUAUUUUAUUGUUAAAAAAUUGCUCAAAAUCGAGCGGUCGGAAUUUGAAAAUGAGAAUUUUGAAAAUUUUCAAAAUGAAAAAUGAAAAUAAAAUGCGACCGGUCAGUUGCAUUGAAAUGUUUGGCGGAUAGCGGUUGGUUUUAGGAUAUGUUGAGGAAGAUAAGAUGGCAAAGGGACGUGUAUGUAUGUUUUUCGAUAUUGUUUUGAGUAUGAUACUGAAUGGUGUGUAAGAUAGAUCCUUUGAAAAGUUUUCAUUUUAAAAUAUUUUUUAAUAGGCGUGGGGAAAAUAUGGGUGUGGUAAAUUGAGUAAAGGUAAGGCGUAUCAUACUCAAAAUAGUGUCAGGAUUCAUGCUGCGUUCCAAUAGCAAAUUGUGAUUAGCAACAGGUUUUAGAAUUUGAAUUUGAAAACGUGCGAGGGCCGCAGGACCGAGCAUAUUAGUUUGAAUAAUAUAAAACACAUGAAAUUUCAAUGUCAACGCGCGAGGGCCGCAGGCCCGAGCUCAUGAUAUGGUAUCUUCAAAUAAAAAUUAAUUUUAAUGAUUUGUGACAAUAUAAAAAUCAAAAGGGGCGUGCGAGGGCCGCAGGCCCGAGCCUAUGAUUUUGCAUAUUAUAAAUUGUAUUGAAACUGGUAUAAUAAAAAUGAAAUAACAUGAGAUUGCAAUGUCCAGAUCAUAGGAGGCUCGUAGGGCCUCCGUUGAUCUGGUCCCCCUUUCUAAAUGGAGAGCGUGGUAUCAUGUGACAGAAAAGUAAAGCCGGCAAAGUGAAGCAUUCUAUUUUAUUGUAAAAAAAUUGGUUGAAAAUGAGCGGUCGGGAUUUGAAAAUGAAAAUUUUCAAAAUUUUUAAUUUGGAAAUGAAAAAUGAUAGUAAAAUGGCAAUAAAAUCUUAAGUUUUAAAAAUAGAUGCUUUUCAACGCGCCGAGGGCCGAAGGCCCGAGGCAUUUGCAUUGUAUAAAGUUCGUCCUUUUUUGAGUACGAUGCUAUUUUCUUAUGAUAAAGUUACAAAAUGAUACUGUACUAUUUUGAAAAGUGUGACGAUGUGCGAGGGCCGUAGGCCCGAGCCCACGAGUUUGAAUAUUAUAAACUGUAUUUAAAUUAAAAUACAGAAGACCAGAUAACAUGAUAUUACAAUGUCCAGAUCAAAAGCAAUGUGCGAGGGUCGCAGGCCCGAGCUAAUUUGUAUGAAUGUUAUGAAAUGUAUUGAAUUUAGUAAAAUGAAAAUGAAAUUGCAACGUCCAGAUCAUAGGAGGCCCGUAGGGCCUCCGUUGAUCUGGUUUUAAUAAUUUAAAGGCUUUAUUAUUUUUAAAAGACGAUUUCUGAGACGGUGAGGCAUGGUGUGCACUAGAAAUUGACCCCCUGUUUUUAUCGUCUUAAUGCAUGAGAUAAACCGUUUUAAGAUGUAUAGUGCAGUGUUUUUGCACAAAAUGUCAUUUUGACAUUUUUAUGACAUUUUUUGUCAAAAACAGUGAAAAUUUAUAAUAAUUUUAAAAAUUAGCCGAAUGUUUUCAAAAUUUGUACACUUAUGUUUUUAACUAUGCUGAUUAAAAUUGUAGUUGAACAUUUUUUUCUAAAGUUACCGUAACCUACCGUAACCCAACCGGUCGAUUAAAAAAGUGCAAAUAAAAAAAAAUUUAACACGGUUAGUCAUAGUCAAUUUUAGCAUAUUUGAAAUCUACAUGAAAUUUGGGUUUGAAUAGACGGUACGCUUAAACUUAAAGCUGCCAGUUUUUGGGGUUUUUGGUCAAUCAAUAAAUUACGGUAGGAUACGAUCAAAAAAUUAAAAAAUUACUGUGCACGUCAAACCGAACUAAUAGAAAUGAGUGAAAUAUCAAAAUGUCUAACCGCUCUCUCUUCGUUUGCGUGACGCUCUUUUUUUUAUGCGCUAAACAAAACGUCUAUUUUUCUCUCUGAUUUCACGUUUCGGUUUGACGUGCUGUGCCAUUAUUAAAAUAUCAAAUGCCGUGUAAUUUGUUAUACUUACGUUUCAAAACACGCUUAUUAAAAUUGUAGUUGAACAUUUUUUUCUAAAGUUACCGUAACCUACCGUAACCCGCCCGGUCGAUUAUAAAAGUGCAAAUAAAAAAAAGUUUAACACGGUUAGUCAUAGUCAAUUUUAGCAUAUUAGAAAUCUACAUGAAAUUUGGGUUUGAAUAGACGGUACGCUCAAACUUAAAGCUGCCAAUUUUGGGGCUUUACGGCCGAUUAAAAAAUUACGGUAGCACAAUGUCAAAAAAUUUAAAAUUUUACUGUCGCUUUGCUAAUGCAAUUACAAGUCUGCAAAUUUGCAUACUUAUGUUUUGUACCAUGUUGAACAAACUGGUAGUUACAAAAAGUUUAUAAAAGCACCGUAACUUACCGUAGUCCGACCGGUCGAUUAUAAAAGUGCAAAUAUCUAAAAAUUUAACACGGUUAGUCAUAGUCAAUUUUAGCAUAUUUAGAUUCUUCAUAAAACGUAGAUAUUGAUAGGCUAUAAGAUAAUCUUUAAAGCUGCCAAUUUUGGGGGCUUACGGUCAUUUUUUGGAUAGUAUGCCACCGUAAUUUUUUAAUUUACCGUAAAACACCAAAACUGGCAGCUUUAAAGAUGUGCUUAUACCCAAUCAAUAUCUACGUUUCAUGUAGGUUCUAAAUAUGCUAAACUUGACUAUGGAGACUUGUGUUAAAUUUUUGGAUAUUUGCACUUUUAUACUCGACCGGUGGGUUUACGGUAGGUUACGGUACUUUUAGAAAAAAAUUUUAAACUAGAAAGUAAUUCAGCGUAACGAAAAACGUACGUAUGCAAAUUUGCAAACUUGUGAUUGCAUUAGCAAAGCGACAGUAAAAUUUUAAAUUUUUUGACGUAGUGCUACAGUAAUUUUUUAAUCGGCCGUAAAGCCCCAAAAUUGGCAGCUUUAAGUUUGAGCGUACCGUCUAUUCAAACCCAAAUUUCAUGUAGAUUUCAAAUAUGCUAAAAUUGACUAUGACUAACCGUGUUAAAUUUUUUUAUUUGCACUUUUAUAAUCGACCGGGCGGGUUACGGUAGGUUACGGUAACUUUAGAAAAAAAUUUUCAACUACAAUUUUAAUAAGCGUGUUUUGAAACGUAAGUAUAACAAAUUACACGGCAUUUGAUAUAUUUAUAAUGGCACAGUAAUUUUUUAAUUUUUUGACCGUAUCCUACCGUAAUUUAUUGAUUGACCAAAAACCCCAAAAACUGGCAGCUUUAAGUUUAAGCGUACCGUCUAUUCAAACCCAAAUUUCAUGUAGAUUUCAAAUAUGCUAAAAUUGACUAUGACUAACCGUGUUAAAUUUUUUUUUAUUUGCACUUUUUUAAUCGACCGGUUGGGUUACGGUAGGUUACGGUAACUUUAGAAAAAAAUGUUCAACUACAAUUUUAAUCAGCAUAGUUAAAAACAUAAGUGUACAAAUUUUGAAAACAUUCGGCUAAUUUUUAAAAUUAUUAUAAAUUUUCACUGUUUUUGACAAAAAAUGUCAUAAAAAUGUCAAAAUGACAUUUUGUGCAAAAACACUUCACUAUACGUUUUAAAACGGUUUAUCUCAUGCAUUAAGACGAUAAAAACAGGGGGUUAAUUUCUAGUGCACCUGCCUGUUUCAGGCUGCUUCACUGUCUCAGAAAUCGUCUUUUAAAAUAUAUACCAUGAUGACAUAUUUUUUUUAUGUUUUCAGGUGUCGAAAAGGAAAAGAAAACUGAAGCGAUCAAAGAAUUUGUCAAGAAGUUGCCUCGAGAAAACUACGUUUUGCUUAAAACGAUAUGCAAAUUUCUGACAAAAGUGGCGGAGAAUUGCAAGGUCAACCUGAUGGAUGCUAACAACUUGAGUGUGGUGUUCGGACCCAACUUCACGUGGCCAACAGAUCAACAUGUUCCGAUCAAUCAGCUGCACAACUUGAACAACUUCUGCUACAAAUUAAUCACAGAGUACGAUCAAAUAUUUGAAUGA